GCCGCGCGGGCUCCCGCCAGCCAGACCGAGCAGAGCCGCGGGGCCCGGCAUGGCCCCCACCGCCGCCGCCCUUGGGUUCCUGCUGCUCUGCGUCGCAGGGGCGUCCUGGGACCCAGGGGGCUUCGAGCGCGAAGCCGCCCUGCUCCUGGCCGAGGAGUCCCGGGACCCCAAGUGCUUCACACGGCUGCAGGACGAUCUGACCUGCUUCUGGGAGACCAGAGACAACCUCGAGUCGGAGCCUGAGCUCAGCCCCGGCGGCUACGAGCUGGAGUACCGCCUGGAACCCAGCCUCUGCUACCAGCUGUCCUUUGCUGCCCCAGGCGCCACUGCCCAGAUGGUGCAGUUCCCCGCGAACGGGCCCAAGUGCUUGUCCUUGGCCAUGCGCGGGCGCACGCGCUACACCUUCGCCAUCCGUGUCAAGCCCGACGGCGUCAGCUACAAAGGCUACUGGAGCGCCUGGUCAGAGCCAGUCAGCCUUGUCACGCCCAGCGACCUGGACCCACUGGUGCUGACAUUGUCCCUCAUCGUGGUGUUCCUGACUCUGCUGACGGUGUUCGUCACCCCGCUCUGCCACUGCAGCUCUCCCUCCAGGUUCCUGAAGAAUAAGAUAUGGCCGGUGAUCCCCAGCCCAGAGCACAGCUUUGAUGAGCUCUUCAGUGUCUACAAGGGCAACUUCCAGCUGUGGGUGGGGCAGAACAGCUCCUACCUGAGGCAGAACCAGAACGCCAACAAUGCGGAGGAGAAGCUGGUCCUGCUGGAGAUCCUUUCCAAGGCCUCUGACCCUCCUGACAUCCCCUACCCACCCCCAAACAUACUCCCUGCCCCCACUGAAGACUACCUGGUGCUGGAUGAGCAGUUGGUGCCCUGCUCCCCUAGCCAGGACAUGGCACUGCCACCUGAUCUGGAGGGGCAGCUGAACCCCUCUGGAGUGACCCACUUGGCGCAGGUCUCACCCUCAUCUAGCUUCGAGUACACGCGAUUUGACCCCCACUCGGCCCAGUUGCAGCCCUGCCCACCCAGCCCCUCAGCCCACAGGGCCCUCAAGUACAGCUACCUGCUGCUCUCCAACUUUGACAUCUCUUCCAAGGCCAGUCACACCUCAUCUUCCCUGCCCAGCCUGUACUCCAACCUCACCUCCCCACCCCUGCCCAGUUAGAUGGCCUGCUCCUAGCACUGGGGGAAGGAGGAACCUAGGCCCCUGUGGAGCCAGGAGGAUGAUGAAGGGGACCACGACUCCAUCCUGGAAAAGGCUAGGGAUACCCAGGAGCAUGCAGUGGGGUGGAGAGUAGCCCGUGUGUGUGGGAGUCAGGGAAGACCCCACAGGCACAGAGCAGCCCCUCUGGGUGGGAAGGGUGCAGAGUCCGCCUCCAGCCAGCAGGGGGCAACGAGGGCACCUGCUCCCCAGGACAGAGCCUAGCCCUCCACCUUGCAGCAGGUACCAGGGCCAGAGAUUGGCCAGGGGCUGGGGGCACCAACAUCUGAGUUGUCUCCCAGCUUUGGGGCAGAGCAGGGUCCGAAGGGUUUGAGCAGGGGGUCUGGGAACCCGGACACCUAGGUUCUCUCCUAUCCACUUGCCAUGGAGCCCCACCCCUGCCCAGUCUCCCAUGGGAACUGGGACCAGGACCAACUAGCCUCAGAGAUGGCUAAUGGCAGAGCUGCCCCAUGAGGGGAAAAGGGGGUUGGGGGGUCAGAGACCAGCCUGGAGCAACUCCUAGGAAGGUGGGCACCACAGCUGCCUGUCUGUGCCAGCCAGGCCCAGCACCAGCCCAAGCACCGGCCAGGGUCACUGGGUUCCUAUGGAAACCCCAUUACUGUUGUUUUCUUUGUAUUAAAGGAGGAUGGAAAAAAAAACCCUGGCAACUCUGGAAA